UUCAUCCGUGCACUGUGCAAGGUGGCUGGUAUCGAGCCUACCACCAGUCUCUACAUUCUUCAAUACUUCAGAGCAUCACCGUCAUCCCAUUGCUCGCCUUGAGCUUGCUUGAAGCUUGAAGCCUAAUCAUAUGCCAUAGCUGCGUCUCUCAAGUAAUGUCCACGGAAGACAUCGAGAAGGAAAUCCUCGCGGUAUACGCCGAAGACAGGAGCUUACGUAGCCUUGUGCAAGAGCUCGUCUGUCUGCGUUCGACUCAUCGUUGUCAACAUGAAGGGGAGCUUGAGGCUCUCAGGCAAAAGAUCCGCUCCUUGAAGGAGAAGAACGAGGUGCUUCAGGUGGUCGUUGGAGGCCGAUGACGUACGGCAGCGUGAGGUCCUCAUCCGGGUGGAAUCAGAACGUGAUCGCUUGGAGAGAGAGAUGAAAAUGGCUGGGCAUCACGGUCUGCAGCAAGGCUUUCGCUGCCUCAAGCGAGAGUUGGUUCUGGUCGAAAGGCUCGAAG